AUGUGUGAAGAUACAGUACCUGAGACGCACUUACUAGAGUCACUAGAGCAAGAUAUUCAUAGCAUAAGACCUCCAGGAAAUAUUAGGGUUAGCUCAUGUAACUCGGAUAAGGGGAAUGUUAAUAGUAACAUUGAAAUUGUGCCUGCAAUGGAGACUGAAUUGGAGGGUGGAAGUGCUGAACUUGUUUCCUGUGUGAAAAGUAAUAGCGAUAUUCUUCUAAGCAAUACUAAAACUGAGGCCACUAACAUCCCUGAAGAAGUUUCAAACAAGACAAGCUCUAAUAAGACAAAGAAUAAAAAGAAGAAAAAGAAUAAAAAGAAUAAAAAGAAGAAGAAGAAGAAGAAGAACAAGAUGGCAACGACGACGACGGCGACGACGACAAGCAAUGAGUAUACCUGUCAGAGCCCAGAUGGUCCAUUAGAUUCUGAUAGUGUUCAAGAUAAAAGCUCAGAGACGUCAACCAUUUACUCUUUUGAAAGUUUUGAUAAACUUCGAGUCAUUUUCCCUAUUUGGGCUGACACUAGUACAUUCAUUGACUCUGACACCAAUAUCAGAUCAAUAGCCUGUGAUGAGGAAUUAGAGCCGCUCUAUGAAAAGUAUGAGCGAAUAGCUUCAGAGAAACUAAAGGAAACAGUAACAAAUCGUAAUGAUCUCAAAAAUAUUUUCUUUAAUGGAUAUUUCCCUAGAUCAGAGGAGAUCUUAUGUCUUCAAUUACUCUGA